AUGUCUCUAGUGAUCCCAGAGAAGUUCCAGCACAUUUUGCGAGUACUCAACACUAACAUCGAUGGGCGGUGGAAAAUAGCCUUUGCCAUCACUGCCAUUAAGGGUGUAGGGCGAAGAUAUGCUCAUGUGGUGUUGAGGAAAGCAGACAUUGACCUCACCAAGAGGGUAGGAGAGCUUACUGAAGAGGAGGUGGAGCGUGUGAUCACCAUUAUGCAGAAUCCACGCCAGUACAAGAUUCCAGACUGGUUCUUGAACAGACAAAAAGAUGUGAAGGAUGGGAAAUACAGUCAGGUUUUGGCCAAUGAGCAAGAAGUAGAUUAA